AUCAUUUGCCUUUGCUGAUAUUAAAAAUAUGACUACAUUCUCUCAGUAGGAGUCUGCAACUUCCCCCGCCCCUUAACGUCAUUAAAAGUCCAACUAUCGUGAUAGAUUUAUCUGUUAGACUGUUUGCGUCAGAGAAGUGACGGCCAGAAUUCCGAUAACACCUGAAUGCAGCAACCGUGGAAUCCUAAUUGGAGGCAGAUUUUCAGCGCGAGGAGUGGCUUCUUCAACUUCUGUUUCCCGACAGCGGACACAUCCUACUCCUUGAUAGAAGUGUGAGGAAGUUUUGUAAACACAGCUUGAAAGUACAGAAAGUUUGAAGUCUCUGAAAAUAUUCUUUUAAGCCCAAGUUUUGUUUGUGAUGGAUUCAAGCUCUCCAGUUUGAGGAUGGAGUCGUCUUGUCUUGACCUGGCUCUGGAGGGUGAGCGGCUCUGUAAGGCUGGGGACUAUCGUGCUGGUGUGUCCUUCUUUGAAUCUGCCAUCCAGGUUGGAACAGAGGACCUUCAAAUCCUAAGUGCCAUCUACAGCCAGCUGGGCAACGCCUACUUUCACCUUCAAGAGUACAACAAAGCCCUAGAGUACCAUCGGCAUGACCUCACGCUUACCAGAACAAUCGGAGAUGAGCUUGGUGAGGCGAAAGCCAGUGGCAACCUUGGGAACACAUUAAAACUUUUAGGACGGUAUGAUGAAGCUGUUGUUUGUUGCCAAAGACAUUUGGACAUCACCCGAGCCAUUUAUGACAAGGUUGGGCAGGCUCGGGCGCUGUAUAAUUUCGGGAACGUUUACCACGCCAAGGGUAAGAACAUCUGCUGGAGUGGAGCCGAGCCAGGAGAGUUCUCCGAGGAGGCCCGCAUAGCACUGAGGAAGGCUGCAAAGUACUAUGAGGCAAACCUGUGCAUGGUGAAGGAUUUAGGCGAUCGAGCUGCUCAGGGUCGUACCUACGGUAACCUUGGCAACACUUACUACCUGCUGGGUGACUUUGAAGCUGCAGUGGCUGCACAUGAAAAGCGGCUGCUCAUCGCUAAAGAGUUUGGAGAUAAGUCUGCUGAGAGGAGGGCUCACUGCAACCUUGGCAACGCCCACAUAUUCCUUAGUCAAUUUGAGGUUGCUGCAGGUCAUUACAAGAGGACUCUACAGCUGGCCCGGCUUCUGAAGGACAGAGCAGUAGAGGCUCAGGCCUGCUACAGUUUAGGCAACACGUACACACUACUGCAGGACUACGAGAGAGCCAUCGACUACCACCUCAAGCAUCUGGUCAUUGCUCAGGACCUCAACGACAGAGUCGGUGAAGGAAGAGCGUACUGGAGUCUAGGAAAUGCCCACACCGCCCUGGGGAAUCAUGAGCAAGCCAUGCACUUUGCUGAGAAACAUCUGGAAAUUGCCAAAGAGACGGGAGACAAAAGCGGGGAGGUGACAGCCAGGAUGAACUUGUCUGACCUGCGGCUGGUCGUAGGCCUGAAGUCCAACUCCCACAUUCACCCAAAUGUCUUCCGCAACACAAACACUAACAGCUCUGUUCUGUCAGUGAGCUCUUGUAACUACCCCCACCUCCCAGCUGUUAAGCCUGCAGAGAACUUUGAACUGAGGGCAAGCCCUGACAAACAUCAAAGUGGAGAUCCAUCGACACAGCAAGUACAUGACUGGGAGGAGGAGUCAUAUCCAGGGUCUUCCAAAACCAACACCAUCAAGGCCUCCACUAAACUUUUCCUCUUCCACCGGUUAAGAAGCAAGAAGCAGAAAAGCAUCAAGUCACCUCCUAAAGACCAGCAUGAAAACCACAUAGAGGACUCGGCUCAUGAGCUAGAAGCACCGGUGUCUCCUCAGCCAGGAUCUCGGGACACUAUUGGAGAAGAUGGCUUUUUCGACCUGCUGUCUCGUUUCCAGGGUAACAGGAUGGACGACCAAAGGUGCUCCCUACUGGAUGGCCAGAGCCAUCUCUCUACCCACUCCUCUCCCUCCUCCACCCCACCUGUAGCUGAGAGGAAAUCUAUUUUGGAGUGCGCAACACCAUCCCAGGAUCCUGGUCAUUUCCUGGAGCUGCUGGCCAGCUCCCAGGGCCGCCGUCUGGACGACCAAAGAGUCAGCCUGAGCCAUUUUCCUGGCUUACGACUCAGCAGCUCCAACCCGCCUCGUACACCCUCCACCUCCAGCCCCGACCAUGUCCAUCCCCCAGCCCAACUCUCCAGUCCAGAAACUCGCACACCCUCCCUGUACAGUCACCUCGAAGCCAGCAGUGCUGAGCAGCCUGAAGGCGAUGAUGUCUUCUUCGACAUGCUUGUGAAGUGCCAGGGCUCCAGGCUGAACGACCAGAGGUGUGCUGCUCCACCUUCUGCAAAUAGAGGACCAACUGUUCCAGACGAGGAUUUUUUCAGUCUCAUCCUGCAUUCCCAGUCCAACAGGAUGGAGGAGCAGAGAGUUUUGGCACCCCCUGGUGUCACACAAUCCAAACCAGACUGACCCCAUCAAGGAUUCCUCAGUGUCUCGGGAUACCAGAUGAAGUAACCGAGCUGUCUGGAGUUUUUUGGAACUGACAGCUCUCUUUCGCAAUUUCUGCCUUUUUUUUCGGACUGUACUGACAACAACCCUGUAAGACUAUAAAGAAUGCAAGGUACACUAUUAGGAAUUCAAGGCUCAAAACAACACAAACCUGAUCAUUAAGGAUGUAAAAUCAUGGGAAAUGAUGGGUUUACAAGACAUAUGGAUUUGUUCUUAGAUAAGUGACACUAUCACUGGGGCAUUUGACACAUUUGCUGAUGCCCCUGUUGCCUGUUUUUAAGAAAAGACCAGCGACAUCUGCCUGCUCUGGAAGCUUUCAUCAAACCACUCUUAACAACUGUUGUAGCUCAUGUUUGAGCUCAAAGGACUCUACUUGAUGGAUGCCAGCUGAAGGAAAUACUGCUUUAUGAUGGACAAUAGAGUCAAUGAAGCUAUCAUUAACUCAGCAAAGUGGUGCAUAACAAGCUGUUCUGCCCAUGUGGGAUCACUUUGUCUUUAGGAGCAGUAUAUUUUGGUUUGACUUGAUCUUAGACCUUUCCAACAAAACCUCAUCGGACUCGACAAAUCUGAUGACAUAAGAGAUUACAUCAACCUUUCUACUUGUGUCACCUCUAUGUCAUCUAUAAUCAGAUGUUGCUUUUGAAAGACGGAAAGAUCAGGAAGUCUUUUUAUGGGUGGAAUCAUUUUGCCAUCAACUUUUUUUUUUUGGUUGUUACAACAUUUUACCAGGGAUAAACUGUUUAGACAAAAAGAAAAGGAAGAAUUGUAAUUUUACUUUUUUUUUAUUGAUAACUUCUCCUGACAGGAGAAAUAAAAUCCCAUAAAUUUACAAAA